AUGUCCGAGGCCGCGCACCUCUGGAAGCGGCGGUCGGACGACGAGCUGGCCGACUCCAUCGAGCUGCUGCUGGAGGACCCGGACUCGCUCGCGUACGAGUGCGACGGCCUGUUCGAGGCUUGCGCCCCGCGGCUCGACGGCGCCGCGUGGACCGUGUCGGCCGAGAGGCUGCACUGGGUCACCCAGCUCCUCAUCGACCGCUUCGGGUGCCGGCUGCCGGCCGUGCUGGAGCGCAUCGACCAGCUCUAUGGCGCCGUCACGGGCGACGGCUGGGGCGAGGAGGGCAUCCCUCCCGACGUCCGCGUGGACGGGACGGUCUUCCGCGGCUACGUGGCGGCGGUGCUGACCCAGGUGCUCCACGAGCUGGACGAGCGCUCGGCGGACGCGGCGGGCGCCGUCGAUCCCCCGGCCGACGGCGCCGUCCAGCCGCUGCCCACCUCGCCGCCACAAGGGCCGUGCGGUCUGGACUUCGAAGACGAAGCCGCCCAGCCAGCGCCGCAUGGCGAGGACGAGCCACGGUGUCGCGUCGCCUCCCGCGACAACCAGCAGCCCGGUGUCGACCUGCCAGAGGAGGGCUGGCGGUGGUGGUGA